GCAGUAGAUGUCGGUGCGACAUUUAAAACAGACGUCAUGUACAAAAUUCUAGUUUUAGUAACAUUUGUUGCAGCCAGUCUAACUGAUGGCAAAAUCCUAGCUCCAAAGCUAAAACUGAACGAUGGCAGGGAAAUACCCGCUCUAGCACUAGGCACCUGGCUGGGAAACAACACCAAGGUACUUCACCAAACAACAAACAUUGCAGUGGCUCCGAAUAUUGAAUAAUUCUUGUAGAAGCAAAUCAUAGAGAUAAAACUAAUGUAAAAAUUAAAAUAUUUAAUGUAUAUUUUUGAUUUAAUUAUAAUUUUUACAUUAGUAUAGUGUAGUGGCGGUGUAAAAAUAUCCACUGUCACAUGUCGAACCUUGAGUGUCGUAAGAGGCGACAGAGGGAAACAAACCAGGAGAUGAGCAGCAGCGUCUUCAUAAUAACAACUAGAAAAUAAAAACUGCAGAUGCCAACCCGCCCGCCAAGCAUGGCAAAAUGUUCCCCAUAUAAGGCAAUCUAUGGAGAGGCCCAAGUUCAGCAGUUGACUUUGAUAAUGCUGUAAUCAAAGUCAUGUAAUGAUGAUAAUGAUGGGAUAUAAAGUCGACUCUUUCGGUACGUAUUGCCAAAUUACACACGUUUUUUAACUCUCUCGCAAUCCCACAAAGUUGUUCGGUAGAAUCGCUUUUAGCGAUAAGGCUGCACUGUGCUCGCUGUAGCAGUUCUUUUAUCAAGUAACAUUCCUCUUUUGGCGUAUGAGUCUUUGUACUAUGGCUGCAGAGCAAAUGGAUCGGCUCGGAACAGAGAAAAUGCAUACUCGCACAGUAAAUAGCAGCGUAACAUAAUACUGCUGUGUUUCCUAUGGUUGGUGGCGAGAACCGACGACCGUUUUCACCGGUAAUGGGGUAUUCUAUCUUAUUGUUCAGGAGUAUCAUCACUCCAAUGUAUUUUGAUUCUUUAUCAAAAAUAGAAAUUUUACGUGGUAGGGCCACGCUGCAGCUAUAUUUGGUUGUACCACUAAUGGGUCGGCUCGACCACGCACUCACAGAAUGCUGGCGAAAAAUAGCAGCUUAAUUUUUUUUAUAUGAUUUUAGGGUGACAAACGAGCACAUAGUCCACCUGAUGGUAAGUGGUUACCGCGGUCCAUAAACAUCAACACUUAUCCUCGAUUACGAAUCAAAAUGCAGAUGCGUUGUCACCCGUGAGAACUAAGAUGGAAUGUCUCGUAUCCAGUAAAAAGGGUCUCCAGUUCUCUACAUUCUCCAUACGAAACACAGCAGCGUUAAGUUGCUAUUUUACGCUGCUAUUCUUAAGCUUAACUCUGUUGUGUUGCGUAUGGUGAAUCUAGAGAAUUGGAGACCAUUUUUGCUGGAAACGAGGCAUUCCAUCAUACAUACACACGUCCAGACAACGCAUCUGCAUUUUGAUUGUAAAUUACAGGUAAAUGUGCUGCGUGGGCUGUGUGCUUGUUUAUGACCCUUAUUCUAUAAACAAAGAUGUAGAUGCCUACCUAUGGCCCGAGACAUCCACUUACCAUGAGGUAGACUGCGUGCUCACUUGUGACACAUACACUUGUAUAAAAACUAAUUUAACAAGAUAGUGAACAUAAACGUCUAGCAGAGUACAACUUAGCUUAGGGGGAAUCCCUACUUAGAAUACACUUUAGUGACAUUGACAUUAACAAAACGUUUUUUUUUAUAUGGCCGGGUUGAGCCCUCGUCAAACGAAGUAGAACUAGCAGUGGGCUGGGCUAUCGAGGCAGGUUACCGUCACAUUGAUACCGCAUACUCUUACAAGAUCGAGGACCAGGUCGGUCGAGGUCUAGCAAGCAAACUGAAUGAGGUGCCAAGAAGUGAACUCUUUAUCACCACUAAGCUGUGGAAUGAACAUCACGCCCGAAACGCUGUUAUACCUGCUCUUCAAGAGUCGUUGCAGAAGCUAGGUCUGGACUAUGUCGACCUCUAUCUGAUUCAUUGGCCCAUCGGACAAUUCGCUAAUUUAUCAUAUGAUUUCACGGAUUAUCUGGAGACUUGGCGUGGGAUGAUAGACGCAAAACAACAAGGACUAGCCAAGUCCAUUGGACUGUCUAACUUUAAUGAGCAAAUGAUUGACAGAAUUAUAGACAACGGGUUGGAGGUACCUGCUGUGUUGCAGGUUGAGAUUAACCUGAACCUUCAACAACCCGAGUUACUUCAGUAUUGCAAGGAUAAAAAUAUCGUUGUUAUGGGCUUCACACCCUUCGGUUCACUGUUCUACGGCAAAGCAAAACCUGAUGCCCCACCGCCGCGUGUUGACGAUCCAUCUUUGGUUGAGAUCGCUAAGAAAUAUAAUAAAACAGUGCCUCAAAUAGCUCUCAGAUAUCUGAUUGAACUGGGCGUUGUACCUAUACCAAAAUCCUUAACGAAAAGCAGAAUAGAACAAAACAUCGACGUGUUUGACUUUAAACUGACGGAAGAAGAAAGAACACUUUUAAAAUCUUUCGACAAGGGCUAUAGGACGAUACCGCAACUAAAAUGGCUGGAUCAUCCCUUCUACCCGUUCAAAAAAUCCACUUAAUCAAUAAACAAUUCUUGUUCACUUCAUAAUAAAUACGAUUGAAAC